AUGACAAAUCAAAUGUUAGAAACAUAUGAAUGUUCCCUUUUAAGGCCUGAACCAGUCUCUACUCUUUAUUAUCCCGCGAAUAUUGCAUGGAAGUAUGUUUUGCGUUCUAAACCAUCAGGUUGUUUUGGAUCUACAAAAAAAUAUGUUGCUGUUCCCGAAACAUAUUCAUAUCCCUAUUAUUAUCAUUAUGUAUAUUAUCGCCCAUAUCCCUUAGCAAAUAUCACAUUGAGUAUAAAUAAUGAGGAGAAAAACAAAAAAAAAGUAAAUGAAUUAAAUAACCAAGAAAAAAAAGAAGAAUUAAGUGAUGAGAAUGAAAGCAAAACUUCAAAAAAAAAUAAUGAAUGCAGUGAUAAAGAAAGUAAUACAAAAAAAUAUGUAUCAGCAAUAACCACUCCAUAUUAUGUAGGCUCAUUAUUUUACCCUACUGCUAUAUUUUUUCCUUAA